AUGAGUGGAUUCAGCUUAAAAGAGGGCUGGCACCCUAAGGGCAAGGAUGGCAAGAAGGAGAGCUGGCGUGGGGAUUUCAAGGGCAUCAAUCAAGUGGCUGGAUGGAUGGGCAAAGGCAAAGAUGCGAGCGAUGACCGUUCCGAGCAUAUCUCCCAACCAUUGUCAGCAUUGAAGGAUCCGUCUGCUUUUGGACCACCGCCGAGGCACAUCAAUUACCAUGGCGCUGGUGCAUUGCCCAACGAGACUACACCUGACCGGCGAGGCAUGGGAGCUCCGCUAUCCCAGGAACAGAUCGACUAUCAAAACUAUCAACAUCAGCAGGCCAUCGAAGCGGAGGAGGAGGCAGCUCAGAAACCGGCGCCGCCUCCGGUUCCUUACCGCGUAAACACCACGGGAUUGUCAACGAACAAUCUCCCACCGCCGCCCGUGCGACACCUCGAUUCGCAGAGGUCCGGCUCUUCGGCCAGUACGAAGCCCAAGGGGCCUCCGGUGCCUCCACGAGUUCCUCCCCGAAACGACUCGCCCGCGACAAGUACUCUCCCGCCUCCCCCAUACUCUGUUACCACGCCAUCGGCGUCCCAGGGAUACGUCAACCAGGAAGCUACAUCACGCCUCUCGAACGCCGGUGUCUCUGUUCCUGCUCUUGGAAUCGAGGAGCAGAAUGGGUCAUCUUAUACAUCAACCGCUAGGAACAAGAUGAACGACCUGCAAUCCCGCUUCUCGCAAAUGCGAACCGACUCGGGGUCCUCUCCAGCGGCUACUCCGACGGAUCGGUUCCCGCGCACAAGCACGAAUCCGGAUUCCUCCCUCCCCCCGGCUCCCGGCUUCCGCGAUCGUCACGCGGACAAGAUCGAUAUGGGCAAGCAGAAGCUGGGCGGAGUGACGUCGCGCGUUAACGCUUUCGUGGAAGAUCGCAAGUUUUCUGCCAACGCGAACAAGCGCGUUCCCCGACCGCCAAGCAAUUAUACUUCACCGUCGUCGCCUGUUACACCUGUGAGAUCUGCUGCGCCCGUUGCGCCCACUGUACCUGCCGCAUCUGAGCCGAGCAGGGCGCCGGACGUUCAAGCUCAAGCGCAACGUAAGAAGCCGCCUCCGCCGCCCCCCAAGAGGGCGGAAAUUCGCGCCCCAGCUGCCAGUGCCUCGCCGGUGUCGUCAGCCUCAACGCCACCGCCGGUGCCGACCAACACUAAACCCCGCUGA